AUGCGCUCACUGAACGAGACAGCGUGCUCGGCGUUGUGGGACGACGUGCGCUGGGACGAGCCGGCGAGCGUCGCGAGUCUCGCCGUGUUAGCGCUCAUCGACGUGCUAGUGGUCGCAGGCAACUGCUUGGUGAUAGCAGCUGUGCUGUGCUCUUCGAAGCUGCGCAGUGUUACCAACCUAUUCAUCGUGUCGCUUGCGGUCGCCGACCUGUUGGUUGGGUUGGCAGUACUGCCGUUCUCCGCCACCAGAGAAGUUUUCAAGAUAUGGAUAUUCGGCGACGUAUGGUGCUCGGUGUGGCUGGCAGUCGAUGUCUGGAUGUGCACCGCCUCGAUCCUCAACCUGUGCGCGAUAUCCCUAGACAGAUAUGUGGCAGUGACACGGCCAGUCAGUUACCCCAGCAUCAUGAGCAAGAAGAGGGCUAAGGCGCUGAUCGCUGGCUUGUGGGUGCUGUCUUUUGUUAUAUGCUUCCCACCGCUGGUUGGAUGGAAAGACAAGAAGUCUCAUCGCAACCUAUGUAAUCCAUCAGCACUCAUGUAA